AUGCUCGCAGUGAGAAGGAUGCUGCAACAAGCGCUGCGCGUGUCGGCCCGAGGCGCCUUCCCGUUGCUCAAGUGGAUGGAGCGCGUGUCCGUCGGGCACCAGGGCGCGAAGACCCUGGACCAGAUGCCCGGACCCAACGUGCUCAGCUUCGCCUGGGACCUUUUUGCCAAACGGGGUCUGUCCAGACUGCACGAGCUGCAGCUGGAGGGCGUGCAGAGGUACGGGCCCAUGUGGAAGGCAAGCUUUGGUCCGAUCUUGACGGUUCACGUGGCAGAGCCGAGCCUGAUCGAGCAGGUGCUGAGGCAGGAGGGACUUCACCCCAUGAGGUCGGACCUGUCCUCAUGGAAGGACUACAGGCAACUGAGAGGACACCACUAUGGCCUGCUCACUGCUGAAGGGGACGAGUGGCAGGCGGUGAGGAGUCUUCUGGGUAAACACAUGCUCCGCCCCAAAGCGGUGGAGGCGUACGAUCAAACCUUAAACAGCGUCGUCUCAGAUCUCAUCAACAAACUGCGAUUCUCCAGGCAGAAAGACGGACUGGUGCCGGACAUCGCCAGUGAAUUCUACAGAUUUGGACUGGAAGGCAUCUCCUCCGUCCUGUUUGAGUCUCGGAUCGGCUGCCUGGACCCUGUGGUGCCUGAUGAGACGGAGCGCUUCAUUCAGUCCAUAAACACCAUGUUUGUGAUGACGCUCCUCACCAUGGCCAUGCCUCAGUGGCUCCACCAGAUCUUCCCCAAACCAUGGAGCAUCUUCUGCCAGUGCUGGGACUACAUGUUUGACUUUGCUAAGGGCCACAUCGACCAGCGGAUGGCGGCAGAGGCAGAGAAGGUGUCGCGGGGGGAGAAGGUGGAGGGGCGUUACCUGACCUACUUCCUGUCCCAAACCGGACUCCCCAUGAAGACGGUCUACAGCAACGUGACCGAGCUGCUGCUGGCCGGAGUCGACACGAUCUCCAGUACAUUGUCAUGGACCCUGUAUGAACUGUCACGUCACCCCGAGGUGCAGUCCAGACUCAGGAACGAGGUGCUCAGGGUCAUGGGUGAUCGUCGGAUCCCGGACGCGGCAGACGUGGCUCAGAUGCCCCUCCUCAAAGCCACAGUCAAAGAAGUCCUCCGGUUGUAUCCAGUGAUUCCGGGCAACGCGAGAGUGAUCACAGAGAGAGACAUCCAGGUCGGCGGCUACAUCAUCCCCAAAAAGACCCUGAUCACGCUGUGUCACUUCGCCACGUCCCGGGACCCUGCUGUGUUCCAGAAUCCAGAUGAGUUUGUGCCUGACCGCUGGUUAAACCGGGAACACACGCACCACCCCUACGCCUCUGUCCCCUUUGGCGUCGGCAAGCGCAGCUGUAUCGGACGGCGCAUCGCAGAGCUGGAGCUGUACCUCGCCAUCUCCAGGAUCCUUCUUGAGUUUGAUGUUAAGCCUGAUCCCGAGGGAGUCUCUGUGAAACCCAUGACAAGAACACUCCUGGUUCCAGAAAAUCAAAUCAAUCUGCAGUUUAUCGAGCGGUGACCCUCCUCCUCCCCCUCCUUUCCUCUCCUCUCUCCUCGUCCUCCCUCGUCCUCCCAUACUGCAACAUGGACGCACUGUACUAGACUGAACGCACUAAAAGAGGAGCAGGACAGGUAUUAUCUCAUGUCACCUCCAGGGGUCAUGUUUGGAUGCACCUUCACCCCAGAGACAGAGCGUGUGGAGGUCAGACCGUGGAACUAUGUAGGGCAAUAGAUCAUUAACAAAUUUUUAGUUUUUAAACAUCUCAGUGUAAUUUUCUCUCUGUCAUCUAUUUAUCUAAAUCUGAAGGUGAUAAGACUCUAAAGAUUUAAAGAGGGGGGAAGAACAUGCCUGGUGAUGAUUUACAUGUCAUCCACGCAUGUUUGAGUAAUCUAGUGGUUGGCAGUGCAAUUCUGUCCAAAAGCCUAUGUCACCCAUUCUCCCACAUAACAAUUCUCCAUAAAUUUACAAAAACAUAAUCAUGGUAUCCUAAGGUUUGACUACCCCAAAUUUAAGACUUUUCUAAGACCUUUUUAAGACCACUUAAAUGAAGACCAACAUCCCACCCAUUAUGCAGGUGAAAAACACCAGAUCCAGUUCUAAUAAUGACCAAACUACCUAGCCUGAUUCAUUCAUGUUUCACUUUGUAGAAACCAUCUGGCCUCGCAGCAUUAGAAUUUGUUUACUCAACUGUAGGCUGGUACUUUUUUCAUUUAACCAAUCACUGCUAUUUAGUCGUGAUAUAUGUCUAACGGGGCUAACUUGUAUAUUAAGAUUUUCCCAAAUCCCGUAGGAAGAAGGGCAAUAACGUCUUUCCAAUUGAUAAAAUUCACCAAACAUUCUCUUUGUUCCGGCUUUAAAUCCUCGAUCUCUGGAAUUGUUGCCAACACAGAAUGUAUGGCUCUUCACUGAUUGGCUGGUGCCCGAACUUGCACUUCUGGGGUUCUUGCAAACUGUCAAGUCUAUCCCGAUUCCUGACCUAGUCGCUGGAGUGAAAUGAAAUUCAGCGGAGGCACUAAGUGGCUCCAGCGUGGCUACCAACUACGAGUACUAUAUCUAGAAUCUAAGAGCCACUGUGGAUUAAACCUACACUUCCCCAUGAUCCAUCCAACAUCUUCCUCCACUCUACUAAUUGUUUACUCAUUGCCGCCAGCGCCAGAAAUCAAAGUAUUGAUUGCUUAUACUCCAAAUUAGACAUUAUUAGACAAAUUAGAUUUUUUAUUUUUAUUUUUUCCCUCCCUUCGUUUAAU